CAAAAACACAUUAAACCGAUUUAUACAUCGGAAAACCGACUUCGUGUAGACACACGAACAAAAUUAUCAAUAUCACUUUAUCUGUCAAGUACCAGAUUCAGCAAACCUCAACUUUCUGUGUCGUAGAUUUGAUGAUUGGGCCGUAGCCCAAGGCAAAUUAAGUAAUCCUCAACCCAUUUUACUGUUGGAUCAAUCAACCCGCCCAAAAAGUUAUCAUCUGACCCACAUCUCUGGUGACUUGACAGUCGACGGUCGCAAAAGCACGGUUGAUUUAGAGGAGCCACGAAACCCUGCCAGAGGGUUUAAGAAACGAAGGCCAAAUAGCAAGCUACAUUUGAUUUUUCUGCAAAUUUCGCAAAUGGAGAGGGUAAGGCUCCGUUUGGUGUUUGAGGAUCGCAAAGUUCUGAGCAAGUCGCAGAAGAAACAUGGACUAAAGCGAAGCUGGAUUCUCCUUAAACCCCAACACCAAACCAUCUUCGAUCUUUCCUCUCAUCUUCUCCACAUUUUCCACCUCCGCAAAUCUUGCCCCAGUGGCCUCAUCCUUUCCAUGGACGGCUUUGUUCUGCCACCUUUCGAGUCAACCUGUAUUUUCGAAGAUAAAGAUAUUAUCAGUGUGAAGAAGAAAGGAGGGAAGUCGACUGAGAUUAUUGAGGUAGGUAACGGUUUGAAUUCUUUGGAAGAAUUAGAAAUAGUAGAACAAUUGCCAGCGAACACCGGCGUGAAGCUUCUAACCAAUGAGGAAUUCGAUAAGGAAAUUGGGGAACAUGAAAGUGAACCGGAAGAAGAUGAACAGGAACUUGAACAAUUGGAGAACCUGGCACAAGUACAAAGCUCACCAAUUGAUAACAUGGUUUCGAAGAAAAGAAAGGCACGGGAUAAACUUCCUAGCUCUAGGAGGAAGAAAUCUAAAUUGGCUAGAGCUGAAAAAUCUCCUGUUUCUGAAGAUGAUGGAAUUUAUGUCCAUCCCAAGAAAAGCAAAAGCUCUCGUCAGAAAACUGUUAUCCCCAAAGAAAAGGUUGUUGAGGAGGAUAAGCCAGUUGACAUACAGGGGGAACCAAAGAAUUCAAGCAGCCCUGAAAUUGAUGAAAGUAGUGAUGAUGAAAUCAAUGUGGGGAGGUUCUCCCAGCUUCAAAAAACUAGCAAAGGGACUGUUGAUGUAUCUCAGACAACUAGUGAAGCUAAUAAGCUACCUAGUAGAAGUGCACGACGUAAAAAGGCCAAAAGGCGAUGGUUGAGGGAGCAGGCCAAAAUUGAAAAGGAAAAGGUGCAUUCAAAACAGCUUCCUGGAAAAGAUAAUCAGCAAUCACUUGCAAAAGAUAAUAUCAAAAUUUCUGAAGAACAUCUACAGCCAGUUAUUAAUAAUGAAGUCGAGGAUAAUGUGGUUCCAAUAGUAGUUAGGCCAGGACAUAUUCGCUUCGAGCCCCUUGAAAAAGAAGAUGCAGAGCAAGCUGUCCAACAAAGUCAAAUUUCAGUGAAAACCUUUCAAUGGAAUGGAAUAACCAGCAAGAAGAAGGGUCAAAAAUGGGGCAAGGAGAAAACUUCCUUUCUGAAAAGGAAUGAUGAUAAAAGUUUUAGCCAACUGAGUUCUGAAAUGGUGGCUGUUGAGGAAAAGGCUACUGUAACUGAUGACAUGGACUUUGACAAGCUUAUGACCUAUUCUAGCUUGCCUAAGGAGGGCGAUUUAGUUGCAUAUCGCUUAGUUGAGCUGUCAUCAUCUUGGACCCCUGAGCUUUGCUCCUUUCGAGUUGGAAAAAUAUCAAAUUAUGAUGCUGAAUCCAACAGGAUUAUGCUGACACCAGUUCCAGAAUAUCCAAAUUCUUUUGAGAAGAAGAUAGAUGAAGAGGCUACUGAACUACCAGAUACAUCUCUUUAUGGGGAAGAUGGCUUAUUAGAGAUAGAUUAUUCCUCACUAAUUGAUGUCCGCCUCGUCAAGCAUGGCAACUCAAAUACCAGAAUAGCAGUUGUCGAUUGCAGCAAUGAAAAUUGUGCACAAGAUCAAUAUGUUAUAAUCAGUAGACAACCAAAUGGCAGCAAGGAUGCAGCCUUUGUCUCAGCCACUCCUGCACAAGCUAAUGGUGAAGUAAAUGCGUGGGAAGAAAUUAGCCAGGCAUUGAGUGCAAAGAAGGCAGAGCUCUCUAAAGAGGAUGGUUGGAGUCAAUCAGAUAGUUCAGGUAGGAGCUCCUGGUCCUAUAGGGCCCUGAGACGCAGUGCGCUUGGCCCAACUAUGGCUUUCUUAAGGGCACAAAAUGGGAUCUGAGGAACAGCUACGGUGUUGGUUUAAUUGUAGUUCCUCGAACGUUUUUGAAUCUUUGAGAGACGAAAGGCAAUUUUGUUUUGGCUUUUGCUUUUCAUUAUGUACACAAAUGUUUCAAGUACUUCAAACGUUGAUGUCAUUCUGUAGAAUGCAAAUGUGUUAGUUUCACCUAUCUGGUUAUUUUGCUACAGAGGAGUCUUCUUUUUCUAAUUUUAAUUCAACGAGGACAAAUUUUUAGUGGAUUUAUCCUGUUUAUUUAUCCGUUGUUAGCAAAUUUUGAACAUGCCCAUCUCGUUACAGACAAAGCCGUGCAAAUUUAACAGGUUCAUUUGUUGGCAAAUUUUUACGUAGAGGCUGUAACUUGAAAUGAGAAAAAAAAAUUUACAACUUGAAAUAAAAGAAAAGAUUACGAGCCAUAAAUUUGAAUUUACCAAAUAACAAUUUUUAAAAAUGAUCACAUGAUUCAAUUAAAUUAAAUUUCAAUUUAC